ACGGAGCGAGACGCACGCGCCUGUGCGCGGAAAAUAUCUAAAAAUACUUACACGUUUGUUUUUCUAACAAAUAGAGUGUAGUAUUUUGGUAUAGGGACUAGUUUUCGAACCUACUGAGGUUAAUCAGUGUUUAAAAUGUGGAGUGAUAGCGCUUUCUAAAUUGAAGUGAAUAUGUGUCGCCAGUAUGAUUUAAAAUAAUAGUCAAAAAUCCAAUUUUGUAAAAAACGAUGAUGUGAAAAUUUUCUUGUGUAAACCUAUUUUAGUGUGGUGCUUGGAAAUACAUUACUUAAUUUGGAUUACAGUGUUAUGUGAGAAUGGUAGCCAUGAUUGAGGUAGCAGAACGACCGAAUAAUAACUUUUUCAGAUCAUUCCUGCCUGCAGUCAACUCACCUCCGGUGCCGCACCGAGACAUCUCGGGGGCUUCCACGGGGGCUUACCGCCCCUACAACGGGGACCAUGGAGCCCUACAGCACCAAGUCAUCAGAGCUCCACAACCGGCUGAUACAGAACGCAAAAAAGACAAGAAAUGGUCCAUCGGAAAGCUCUUUAGACGAAAAAAGAAGGACGAUGAAAGUGGAUCUUCCUCCGAAAGUGAAGAGGGUGGCAGUUUGCGCUCCACGUCUAAGAGGAAAUCUAAUAAAAAGAAGAAAAGAACCCCUGCAGUCAACAACUUCGACCACAUAGUUAUAAGAGAAACUAGACGGGCCCAGAGCUUAGCUAAACCCAAUGGUCGUGAUUUCAAUGACGAUGGAGUGCUUUCUGACCCAUCCGCUGGCUUCAUCAACUACCGACCUAAAACCAGAGAAGUUCAAGCGUCAAAAGAGUCACUAAGCUUGCGUGAUAACGUUUCCACCGGGUCAGGAAGAGUUGGUCCAGAACCUACGAUGAGAAAAACAAGGAAAGGACGUCUAAAAGCCAGAGUUGAAGCAUUGCGGAAUAGCAUGCGGGCAGAAUCGAGUAGCGACGAAGAAUCCUUGAAGUCGUCGAAUUCAUCUUCAAUGGUCCGAUUCAGAAGCGACGACUCAUUGAUGCGUUCACGUGACAGCUCGCUGAACAAGAGGUCACGCAGCGCUCGGAAUGAACGCUACAUUAAAAGACUCUCGAGAGACGAGGAGAACCAGCUCAACAAAGAAGCCGAACUACUGCAGCAAGGAUACACCAAAGCUGAAGUGGAAAUGCUUACACGAACACCCACAAGCCAAAGCAGUGGUUACGGCACCUGCAAACGAGAACAGAAUAAACAAAAACCUGAACUUAGCAACGAUCUAACCCGCCGACCAAUUAAAUCCGAAUCAAUAUCUUCAUUUCCAUCAACUCAAAGUUACCCAUCAUCAAUUAAUUUUAAUGCGAAAAUUAACAACGAACAUAUUAACUACUCCAUACCGUUUCAAGGUAACUUUGUCAAAGAACCGCUUUACGCUAACAAUAACAGGGAAAAAUCUGUGCCUCGCCCUGAAGAAAAUACAGAUAAAGUCAUGUACGUUAAGUUUCCUCUUGGAAAUGUUACUAAUAUUAAAAGGGAGGAACGAGCCCCACCAGUGCCGCCUCCUAGAGAUAUGCAUAGAAAAGUCGCAACCCCUAUAUCGAUGUACUAUGAAAACCAUUCGGUAGUAUCCGAUAGAAUGGGCAGCAACCAAAACAUUACGCACGGCGUACCUAACAACGACUUCGAACGAGUAAUGAGACGGAGUCAAGAGAGAACGACCAAUCAUGGGCCUAAUGGACUACGUCGACCGAUAUCGAACUCGGAAGACCACCUUGCCAUACAAAACAACGAAUACUUGCAACAUCUGUAUCAGAAAACUGAACAGCCAAGAAGGCCAGCAUCAGUUUCCGCUGAACCUAAUCACUAUGGAAUUUAUGCUUUUACACCACCAUGGAGAAAUAAAACCGAACAACACAAUAUAGUUAAACCCGAACCAGUCCAAACCAGGAAUGAUUUCCUCUAUUAUGCUGACCACAGUCCCAGGUCACGCAGACCUAUAAGCAUUAAAACUAGUCAAAACGGUUACGAAAAUCAAUAUCUUAGCGAUUCACAAACAUCAGUUAAUGUCGCUGAAAGUGUCUAUCGCAGACCGAGAAACGCUUCUGAAUUUUGGAAGAAAUUAGACGAUGCCGAAAGGCAGAAAAAACAACAGAACAUCUAUGCCAACACUAGAAGCAACAGUGAUCAUGUAAGGAAUACACCCAGAAUGCAUCAUUAUUCAGAGGGCAGUAAUAGUAUACCGAGUCAUAUAGAAAAUAUUGAUAUGCAAAAUAAGAAUAGAGCAGCAAGUGUUGAUCAGACACGAGACGUUAUAGACGGUGCCAAAAUGUGGAAAGCAACGACCGAGUAUAAAAGGUCGGUCACCGUUGAACCGCCCAAAGCGGUCACUUCCCCGACCUCCAAAACACACGUCCGUCAUAAAUCUGACACCUUUGUGACUAAUAGCUAUCAGAUACCUUCAGACGAUGAUAAGAGCUCAGAACGUCGCAAGUCAACGAACCUUGAUGAUGCUCUUAAUGAACUUGAGGCAAUUUACAAUAGCUUAGGUUUAGGAGACGAAGACCUAUUAGACAGGGCUGAAAGACGAGAGUCAAUGACUCCGAAAUACAAUGACCACUUCAAUGACUGGAAUGGAAAUGAUGACGAGGUCCAGUUAAGAAGUCAACUGUCAACGCCGCUUCGGCGGAUAUCUAGGAGAUCAACACUGCCCGAUAAAUUGCAAGACGAUAUGGCAUUCCGUAGAAUGAAUUCGUUCUCAAAAGACAAGCCAAAUUUGAAGGAAGCUCAAGCACAAAUUAGUUACAUGCUUGCUUCUCCGGUGUACGUACCUUAUGCUUCAGAUGACGAAAGAUAUUCGGGGCGUGACGAACCUGAUAUUGUUCAUGACGACGUUGUUUACAGAAAUAUAAAACAAACGAACAACCGUUUGAAAACACUUGAACCACAACCACCUUUUGGAAUUCCUCUAGGACCAGUUUCUCCUGCUCCUCAAAGUGACUAUCUCCAUGCGACACCUGAAAGUAAGGGACGCUCACGAUUUAUUCCUAGGAGAUCGCCAGAUCUUGUGUCAGAUGAUUUAGCAUACAGAAGUUUAAGGAAAGACGCUAGACAUUCAUCGUUGUUUAAUGGAGAAGAUUAUGGUCACAUAAAUAAUAAUCACAGCUACAACGAGUAUCCUUACACUAAAGAGUCUGCAGCUAAUCUUAAAAAGAAACGAGCAGUUAGGUCUCUUUCAGCUAACAUUUUUACUAUGAUUCAAAAAGAAAUCGACGACGCACUUAAUAUGAGCAAAGUAGCAACGCUGCAAAAAACUCAUAGCAACAGUGACGUCAUGAGGCGCUUGCGGGACACUUUCGAAAACAACGACAACGAGCCAGAGCACUAUCCUCGAAAUAAGGUAAAGCAAAGGCAUAAUACUGUUGGUCUCUUCGUCAAUAACUCGCACUCGCCAAAUCAUCAUUUCGCAAAAGACGAUUCAUACAUUCAUAGUGACGAUAAAUAUCUCCCCAAACCUGCAUCUUGUGAUAAGUCCAAAAGUUCAUCCCCAUCAAAUCGAUCACCACAAGCUUCUAAGCGAUCGUCUAAGGACGAAUUUCAGCAGGUACUCACUAUGCUCGCACAGGAAGCAAUGGACACUAGUAAUAAGUUAGGUGUAGCUUUAGCUGAACUAGAUAAAAAUAGAAAUAAUAACACGGAGAAAAGGCCAGACAUAAAUACCAAGAUAUCAGACAGUAGGUCUCAUUUCUUGAAUGGCCUAACCAGUGACUGCUAUGAUAAUUCUCAACCAGAAAUAAAAUUAGUCAAUGUACAUUCUGAGGUUGUGAGUGAACCCACUAACAGGCUUGUGAUGUCUGAUACCGAACAAACAAAAGGCCAAAAAACAGAAGACAGUCUUCUUGCAAUAUCAGAUCAGUUACACAGAGUAGAAGAUCAACUCAAACAUAGCCAUGAAAAAGAGUUGAAUUUUGACGACGAAAGCUUACGGCUUUCAAGUUACAUCAAUAAAACUGAAGAGCCACUAAAGGCACAAGAAACCACAGUUAAGACUCCAGAGAAAAAGCUGGUACCAGAAGUAUUCCCAUUAAAAGUGCAGAAUGACUCUAUCAAAGUUGAACUAAAGAAUCAGAACGAUUCUGAAUACAAUAAUGAAAGAAAAUUAUCUCCACCUAAAAUGAAAUCGACCAAUCCAUUCUUGAAUUCAGAUGAAAAAUUACAAGAAAUAAGCGAAAUAAACGCCUUUAAAGAAUUGAAAGACGGCAUCUCUGAUCUGAUUGCUGGUAUAUCUCAAGUUAAUGAAAAGUUGUUUGUUCCUAAACCACCAAAAGAUGACGAUAGCGAUAAACCCAAAGUAAAGGGUAUUACUGAGGCUAGUAAGCAAUUGAGCCAAGUGACUCAAGAAGUGCCAAAACCAGUACCUAAUAGAGCAUCUGUUAAUUUAUCAAUUUACGAAGACGAUUUAGAAGUAAAGAAAGAUGCCGCCGAUUCUGCUGAAUACAAUUCAUCCGAGGAGUUGGCGACAAUAUUCAAUUUAGAUGGCAAUCUAAAACUGCACAGUGUUGAUCAGAAGGAACCUGAGAAGGUGCGAGAUGAGCUAAGCUCACCAAAACUAGUUCAGACAAUGAAUCAGCAACUAGGCCGGUUGUCCGUGGAUCGGAUAGACGAGCCGGCGAGCCAAGACCUGCCAACUAAUAUAGUACCGUGGCGAGCAAAGCGGCAAAACAAUUCACAAAGCGAAUCACGAGGCGACUUGAAGCGCGAUUGGCACGAUGGCACGUUGAUGUUAGCUUGUACCUACACCCUGAUGAUAUCCCAACACCUGGCUGAACUGGACUGGCUGACGCUGUUGGGCUUGCUGCUCGCCGUCGUCACUAUCAUCGCUAUGCUAAUUAUUUAGGCUGGUUUUGAAGCUCGGCCACACAUGCGCGUUUUGAAAGCGUACCCAGCGUUAGCGGAGCGCAAUUAUAGCGGUGCGCCGGACGCUGGCGUUGCGCCCAGCGGACGCCGGCGUGAACUAACGAGCGCGGAUUGCGAAUCCGCGCACAUGCCGCUCUGCUAACGCUACGCUAUCAAAACGCUUUAUUUGUGGCGGAGGCUUUAGUGUCACGCAGACCGAUCGGCACGACCAUGACUAUGAAGUUGAUGUUGUCGUCCCGGACCCGUCCGCUUUACUCUAAAACGCUCCCUGAAUGUAAUAGAUAAUUAGUCCAAUGCGGAUCGCUCUGCGCGGUCGUUCCGCGUGACACUAAAACCAACCUAACACAUUCAGGGCCAAGAACCCGCCAAUUAUUGAAAAUGACGCGCUUGGCGUUGAAUUUGUGCGCGUUUUGUUUUAUUGCGAGCGGUGAACGCGUGCGAUUGAUUCGAUUGAAAGAAUGUAGGAAAAGGAAAGAUGUCAGUGCGCUUAACGCUGAUGGGUGCGUAAUGGUCAUUAGAUUAUUAAGCGUUCGUCGCGUAAUACAACCGUGCACCAUGUUAAGGGAUGUUGUAAACAUUGUUUCAAUAAAAUUUAUUGCUUCAUUUAAACCGUAGAUACCAUAGGUACUAUGUUGCAACUAUUUUACUACAUCUCCUUAACAUACAACUCUAACAUUUACGAAAUGCUUUAGUUUAAGAUAUUAUAGAGCUGUAAUCAAAAAACAACACAAUAAUUAUUAAUUAUGAACAUCACGCGAGUAUAGAAAAUCACUGAACAUAGACGCCUAUUUAACCAACCAACGCUUAAACCCGUUCACAGUCCAAUGCUCACAUAUGGGCCACUGCAAAACUGCCUCUACCACAAAGAUGUAAGGUUGGUAGUUCGUAGUUGGGAUAGUGAAGGUGUUAAAAUAGAAUGCUGUAAUUUAUUAAUGUCAAUUCAAUCUAAUAACUUAAUAUUUAAAAUUGUUCAUAAUCAUGCCGUGAAGUAUUUCCUCAAUAAAAUACUUACAUCAAUUAACAUAACUAAAUAAUUGAUACCAAUCAAAUAUUUAUUCGAAUCAUUUUAAUAACGAUAUAAAUUUGAAUCAUGAAUCAAGAUACGUGAUUUUCUUUUUAAAUUUUUAACAUAUUUAUUCAUCAAACAUUUACUUAUGUUAGACUUAUAUUGACCGGGAUAUAGACCGUGAUUACCUUUUUGAUUU